AUCAAAAUCCCAAAUUAAACACAAAAUUUUCAAACUCUUUCGAAAUUAGAAAUCAGAUCGCUACUUCCAAUCACCGACCACAGGUAACCUCCACUCUUCCAGCCGGAUCCAAUGGCUCCGGCGACGGCGAUACAUUUAACACUACUUGCACUUUUCCUCACCGGCGCCACCGCAUACACCAACCACACCGUCGGAGACAAAGCCGGCUGGCUUUUCGAUCCAAACACCAACACAUCCUCCGCUAAUUACGCCUCCUGGAGCGCUAAUCAAACCUUCGAACUCGGCGACUACUUAAUAUUCAACACGAACACGAAUCAGACGGUUAUUUUAACCUACAACGAAACGACGUACCGUAGCUGCAGCACCGAUAACUCAUCAGAUAGUGAUACAUUCAGUUACAGCUCAGGGAACCAGCAGUUCGGGCAGCCGUUGACCGUUGCGGUUCCGUUGACUAUCGAAGGAGCAAACUACUUCUUCUCCGAUGCUAGUGACGGUGUUCAGUGCCAGAACGGGAUGGCGUUCGGGAUCAACGUCACUCAUGGCGUCGGACUUCCGCCGAGUCUUAAUCAACCUCCGCCGCCGCCGUAUGUUGAGCCUCCGGCGAACGGUGAUGGAAGCCUUACGCCGCCGGUGAGUGAUCAGCCAAGUGGCGCUGGAUUAAGUGAUGGUGUUAAUGUGCGCCGGGUGGUAUGUUACGUGCUCACAUUUUGUGGAAUAUUUUGUUUGUUUUUAGUGUGAAAGAGGUAGUUGGUGUAUUUUCGUGGGGUCGAGUUCAGUGUUGAAAAAUGUUUUUUUUGAGGUGAUAGAAUUACAGAAAAACUCCAUUGAUGGGGUUAGGUUAUAAUUAUUUAAACUUUUGUGGUUAGAUUUA